UUUAAUCCCAAUACGUACAAUUUAUGCCUAUUGAUAUUCUUUAAUAUUCUUUAUAUUCUUAUUUUCUGUGCUGUUUUGCAGAGAAACUAACAGAUUCAUCAUCAGAUACCAUUCCAUGCAUUCUGUGCAAUUGCAACUGCACUGAAGAAAAGUACUACAGGAGCUCAGCACUAUUAACUGGAACUUGAAAACAGGAUUAAGAGGACUAAGCUCUGUUACAACUAUGGCUGAGACUAAUAAGGUGCUGGUAGCUGCCCCUCCAGACGGAGGCUGGGGAUGGAUGAUCGUUGCUAGCUGCUUUGUUGUCACCAUUUGCACCCGGGCUGUUACCAGGUGUAUCUCCAUUUUUUUUGUGGAGUUCCAAAUGCACUUUGCUCAGGAUUACUCAAAGACAGCGUGGAUCCAUUCUUUGGUGGACUGCACUACAAUGCUCUGUGCCCCACUUGGCAGCUUCAUUGGGAAUCGUCUGUCUUGCCGAUUUGCAGUAGUCUUGGGAGGAUUCAUGGCUUCGAUGGGUCUUAUUCUGAGCUCCUUUGCCACCAGCCUGGAGAACCUCUAUCUGUCACUGGGGGUACUCACAGGCAUUGGAUUUGCACUUUGUUACACCCCAGCCAUUGCCAUGGUAGGAAAAUAUUUCUGCAAAAGGAAGUCACUGGCUUACGGGGUCGCUAUGUCAGGUAGUGGUAUCGGGACCUUCAUUCUGGCUCCAGUGGUUCAGCACCUGAUUGAACUUUACUCCUGGCGUGGGGCACUCCUGCUGCUCGGGGGGUUUGUUGCCAACCUGUGUGUGUGCGGCGCUUUAAUGAGACCCAUCGCCUUUAAGGAAGAGCAGCUGAGUGGCACGUUGUCUGCCGAUGAAGAGAACACUUACAACAAACAGCAAAACGACUUGAACUCUAAGUCUGCCUGCAAACCAGGGCAGCCCAUUAGGACAGACUGCCUGAACAGCUGCGUCUUCUUACAGUCACUGCAGGAGUAUAGCUUCUUCCUGAUGCCUGAUUUCAUGGUGCUAGCAGUGUCCAUCCUCUUUCUGGCCUACGGCUGCAGUGUUCCAUUUGUUUACUUAGUGCCUUACGCCCUGAACGUUGGGGUUAGCCACCAGAACUCUGCCUUCUUGAUGUCCAUAUUGGGUGUGAUUGGUAUCAUUGGGAACAUCACCUUUGGAUGGCUGACAGAUCGAAGGUGUUUGAAGAAGUACCGCUAUUUUUGUUUCUUGAUUGCUGUUGGCAUGGAUGGCCUGUGUUGUCUCUUGAUUCCCAUCCUGCAGAGUUUCCCUCUGUUAGUGCCAUUCUCAGUGCUUUACGGGUACUUUGAUGGGGCGUAUGUGGCCCUCUUGCCUGUAGUAACGUCGGACAUUGUUGGAACUCAGUACCUCUCUUCUGCCCUGGGAGUGGUCUUUUUUCUUCAUGCAAUACCUUAUCUCAUCAGUCCGCCGAUUGCAGGCUGGCUAGUGGAUCGAAAAGGCACCUACACCGCUGCCUUCAUGCUCAGUGGAUUCUCCAUGAUUUUCAGCUCAGUUUUGCUGGUGUGUGCUGCUUUGAUUAAGAAGUGCUUUAGAACUCGGUCCGGGUCUUACUCCACCAACUCGGACCCCAAACUCCAAAUCUGGACAAACACUGGCGAGACAGAGUACUGUGUAGCGGCAGAUCAAGAACCGAAGCCUGUAUGAUAGACUCCAAAGUAUACCUUAUAGGACUGCAUGAGUAGUCAGGAUAUUCAAAUGUAGUUUUUAAACAUGUCCAAAAAUAGCUUUUUUUUUAUUUGUACUGUCUGUUUUUAUUAUAUCAAAGUAUUGUGGAUAUAUGUAUGAUAUACAGUGUUCACCUUUUAUAAUGCUAUAGUGGGGAGCUAUAGUUACAAGACCAUGUUGUUUGUGUUCCGCCUUAUAACAAGUAUAAAAGGGCUACUGUAAUGGCAUUAUGGAGCAAAUGGGAGCCACAACCAUACCGUGUUAUAACCGAUUCCACAAUAUAACGAGGCGUGUUAUAACAGGUGAGCACUGUGUGUGUGUGUGUGUGUGUGUGUGUGUGUGUGUGUGUGUGUAUAUAUAUAUAUACACACAUUCCUUUUAUUUACCUCCCACAAUCAGAAUGUGGAAGUAUCCUUUUCUCGUACAUUUGAAAUUAUUUCAGGCAAGUGGUAAAUACUGUUAACAGUGUUCUCUCUUAAUUAUGGGAGGUUAGUCUCCAUUAAAUACAGUAGGCAGCUACAAGAGGCUUACAUUCAAAACUGGGGAUCAACCCGUAAUGCUUGUUUGUUUUUGUCUGAACUCCCACAUCACCACAUGUGGUUUCAUUUAUUUGAAAUACAAUAUUCUUCGAGCCAGGAAACUUGUAACAUUGGUCAAGGCUCAUAUUACAUUUGCUUAAUGAAUAACAGCUUUUUUUUUUAAGGUGUCCUGUGGGCAGGGCAGGACCAGAUUAACACAUAGGCAAACUGGGGCCCAAAGUCAUGAGGGGACCCAAAACGAAAAGUUAAUUUUAUUUAUUUAUUUAUUUAUUUAUUUAUUUAAACAGAUACGGAAUUGCAAGCAAACUGGAAGAACUUCACUCACUGACAUUUUAACCGAGGCAGUGUACCUCACUUGUGUUCACACAAAAUCAAGCUGGCUGACCUAGAGCUUACUCUCGCUCACUUUCUCGCGGCGACACAAGUAAAUUCCAGGUCAGGUCAAAAGUUUGAUUUUGUUUGAAUACAGCAAACCAUGUCUCUUUCAUGGGCAGCAAAGCAUAAACACAAGAAACGAGAAGAAGAAGAAUGCAAGCGGCAAGGGGAGGGUGGGGGGCAUUAGAAAGCUUUUUCUUUAACAAAGUAUGUCAAAAAAACAAAAAAGCCACAUUAAACUGCAUUUGACUUAAAGUUGCCAACGCAUCCAUGCAUUUAGGGCCAUUUUAACACUAAAACUUAAAUAAAUAAAAAUGUAAUUAGCUCGAAUGACAUAUACCUACACCUUAUGUGAUAGCAGAAAAGUAUCAAAAGAAGAAUACCAAUUAGCAAUACUGUUCUGAAAUGAGUAUAUGCAUUCUUCAACCAAAGCAAGUAGCCAAAGCACAUUGAGCUCCGGAGACACUGUCCAGCUUGCAAUGCUUUUUUAUUAUUGGAAAUAUGCUGGGUAGCUCAAUGAAAUUUAUGCAGUAACAAGAGACUGCGUUGACGGAUCUUGGACAGGAUCUGGCAGCUGAAAACUGGCACAAAAUUGUGCUCUUGUCUACACCUAGCGAAGAGCCAAGUUUGUCAUUAAUAAGUGGGCUUUGCCAUACAGCAAUGCAGAAUUGGAGCAAGUUUUUUUCUCAGGUGAACCUUGUAAAAACAGACAUAAGAAAUAAAUUCUGUAGACUUUUUGAUUGGAGUUCUGACCAUGCUGUCAAAAAUAAAAAUGAAAAUGAUCCAGUCUGCAGAUGUGUCCAUGUAUGACCAUAAGUAAAUAAGACCUAAAUAAAUGUAAGUACACAAAACUAGCCUAUUUUAUAAUGUGUUUUAUAGUUGUUGUUUUUUUUUUGUUUGUUUUUUUUUUUUUUAAUGUC